GCCUAAGCUUAAAACUACAGUGGAACCUCUGUAUAACGGUCACCAUUGGGAACUGGUCCUUUGGCUGUUAUACAGGGGUGGUCUUUAUUGAGGGGUUUCAGUUUAAAGUGUCUAACUUAAGAGAUAUUUAACUGUGUUGCCUUCUUAAGUAUCUUGAUUCAUUCCUCAGGUCAAUAACAAGUACAAAGAUCCUGCAGGUAGUAUGUAAGAGGUAGCAGGAAAAAUAAGCGAAUUACAGCAAGAAGAAAGGGCAUGCUCAAGUUUUCAGCCAUUUUAUUUAUAUGGGUGGGGCUAUAGAUGACGUUUCAUGAUGAAAACAUCCGGUCUAGGUGAUGGGUGUGGCCACAUGGCCGUUAAAGAGAAGUUUUUCUCAAUGCUUUAUGCUGUGUUGGGGACAUUUUGAGUGCUCGUUAUACGCAAUAGAGAGGUGGUCGUUCUUCAGGGGUUGCCUUAACAGGCAAGUAAGUGUAGUUUGUAUCCGGACCCGGACAUUUGGCCGCUAUAUGAUGGACGGCCGUUACUUAGAGGUGGUCGUUAAGCGAGGUUCCACUGUACUGCUUAGUUUAGAACUACUAUAAAGAAUCAGUUACAAGGCCUAAUGUGAGCAAUUAUUGUGUAAUAAGAAAUAAAAUGUGGCAGGAAAUUUAAUAAAAAUUUCAAAUGUAAACAGUAACAGUAUACAGGUAGCUUUAAAUUCCAGUCCUUGUCAAGCUCACGUACAGUCUAGAGAAAUGUCAAAGAUGUUCAUCUUUAUGUUGUUGCUGCUGUGUUUAAUAGUUACCAUUGAUGAAGGAGAAGGAUCUUAUUGUAUGGCUGAUUGUACUGGAUAUAAACAUGAACCAUCACUGUAUCUAAGAGUAUGCUGUAACAGCAGCAACUUAGGACAGACUGUUAUCAUUAGAGGAAUUGGUAAAACAAGAUAUAUUCUAUGUCCUAAAGUACGACCAAAGUCUUGUUUAUCAGAUAUCAGUGACUGUAAGAGUUUGUUUGAGGAUGGUAGCAAUACUAGUGGUGUUUAUACUGUUAAUCCUGAUGGAGGGACUCCAUUUGAAGUAUACUGUGAUAUGGAGACUGAUGGUGGUGGAUGGACUGUAUUUCAGAGGAGACAAGAUGGAUCUGUUGAUUUCUAUAGGAACUGGACUGACUAUGAGAAUGGAUUUGGUAACCUUACUGGUGAGUUUUGGUUAGGAUUGAGCAAGAUUCAUCGUCUUACAAAAGAAGGAUCAAACACACUAAGAGUGGACCUGGAAGACUUUGCGGAGAGCACAAGAUAUGCUAACUACUCUACAUUUAAUGUUAGUGAUGGUAGUACUGAAUAUAUACUAACAGUAGGAGGAUACUCUGGUACUGCUGGGGAUAGUCUGGCCUUUCAUAAUGGACUGAGAUUCAGUACAAGAGAUAAUGAUAAUGAUGUGUCAGGAGAUAACUGUGCUCAGCUCUACACUGGUGCCUGGUGGUAUAGUAAUUGCCAACUUUCAAAUCUUAAUGGUCGUUACUUUAAUACUGCAACUAAUGAUCCUCAAUCAACUAAUUGGUGGCAUUGGAACAUGGCACACAUUAGUCUCAAGUUCACAGAGAUGAAAACUCGUCGAAACAAUUAAAUACUGUCCCCCACACACAUAAGUGUGUUUACAUUG